AGCAGGCCCCGGCCUGUAGGGGGCGGAAGUGUCCGUCAACAGGAGGUUUGGUCCAGUGGAGCUCGAGAUGCUUCCAAAGUUCCUGAAGAAGCCGAAAGUCCAUCGCAGUAACGCCACGGGCUGGUGACCGCUGUGUCGCGCGUGUCUCCGCGGAUAACUGGAAAAGUCCACUCACAGCCUUCCAGAAUGGCGCCGGGUCGUAACGUCUCUGAACUAAACUGAUUCCACACCAGCUAAGCUAACGGAGUUAGCUUUAGCCGCAAGCCUCCAGUGUUCUGUAGUGGACUUCGGUCCGUGGAUGGAGACGACCGGCCUGGACCAUCACACACAUUCCGGAGGGAAAUCAUGGAGGCCAGCGGCUUGGUCGCAGACUGUGUGUCCCCUGAGUCCACGGUGACCUCCCUGCUGUCCAGCUCGGGUCACCUGAGGAGCGGCCUGCUGGCUCCCCAACACGACUCCACCUUCAGAUACAGAGAGCAGAACUAUAUCUCAGCCUCGGCAGCCUUGGACGCCUACAUCACAGACUAUGAGAUGAGUCGGCAGGGCGGCGUGGCGUUGACCAGGAGGCCUCUUCUCCCUCGCAGUCCGCUCCCCACUGACAGCAGAGCCAGAUUGAGCACUCUCCGAAACAGAGACGUUCUCAGGGAGCGCUUGACCGACAGGGAGCUGGACUUCCUUAACCUCCCCGUCAGCUCUCUCCAUCACCGUGGCAACCGAGACAGACUUUCCAUGACGACAGACGAGCUGCUGUCCAUCCCUUACGACGGCUCGAUGCCCGUCACUCACACCUCCGCCUUCAUCCAAGGUCUCCUGUCCCAGUCUGGAUCCUCAGACCCCAGCUUCUCCUCCUCCAGACCGGCACACAGAACCUCUGACAGACUCCGCAGCAGCCACGGCACCCCCCAGAUGAACCACCACCACCACCUUCAUCCAACCAGGACCUCCAGGUGCAGAGAGAGACCGGCGGCGGCCAUGUUGAAUCCACAUUUUGAAGUUGACGUUUCCUCAGUCAGCUGCCCUGGGUCUGCACACAGAGCAGCAGGGUCAGAGUGGGCGGAGCCUUCUUCCUCCCUCCACUUCCCUCGCUGGCUCACCAGUAACAAGACUGACAUGAACUGCUCUGGGAUCACCAGCGUUCCGGAUCUGAAGUACCCGGCCUGGAUCCAACGCUGUGACCUCAGUGAGACCCCCCCGCCCUCAGAGCAGCUGUGGGAUGACCACGAUGUUCUUCUGCCCGGAGCUCCCAGAAACAGAGCUCCGUCCUGGGUAGCGGACCUGGAGGAAGCAGAGCCCGACCAAACGACCAAUCAGCUGUCUCUCAGAGAUCUCCGGCUUCAGUUUGCUGAACAGAUUCCUCUCCUGGCUGCAGGGAGACACAGCUCUGACGUCAUGGAAACGCUCUUCAGAGACAACAGGAUGGAGUCUCUGAUCCAGAAGGCCGAUCAGGUGUUGGACCGUCUGUCUCACAGAUCUAGAGAAGCAGAACCAGUCGGUCCUACUGAUUGUGCUGAAGCUGUCAGUCAGGUGAACACUGAGGAGCUGCUGCUCUGUUCUCCCUCACGCCGCCACCCCUUUGCUUGGGACCAGGCGCCUCCAUCAGGGAGCUUGACAGAGGAGCUAAAGACCCACAGAGGAGCUCAGGAAGAGAUCUCCGGUCUCCAUAGUAACGUUAUCCUCAAGCAGCCAGGUCCUGUGGAGGCUCUGAAACAGAUGCUGUUCAGACUGCAGGCGGUGGAGGCGGAGCUUCAGCGACAACAGGUCCCGCCCCCCCCGACGCCCUCUGUCGGGCUGCAGACGGAGGAGGCUCCAGUGAAGCAGAGGCUUGAAGGUGAAGCGCAGCUGGAGAGUUUUCCUGGUGGUCCGUCCCUACAGAGAGCUAUGCAUCACCUGAGCCGCCUGAAGGUGCUGGUGGAAGAACCCCGAGAGAAACACGCCGAGGAGGAGAGGGACGAAGAUGAAGGACGCUACUCUUCUUCUUCAGCUGACAGACUCAUCACUCAGCAGAAACCCUGCUCAAGCUAACGGACUGUCGACCAUAGCAAGGGACAUUCUGUCUCCGUCACCCAGGGUUCUUUGUGUCCUCGCUUGUUCCUGCACCCUGUCCUCUUGGUACCAUGUUAGCAUGUCUUCUUGUUUCCACGUCCUUCAUCUUGUUACCAUGUCCUGAGAUAUUUAGCAGAAUACAUUAGAUGAUUGUGGUUCAACUCAAGAUACGAAAGACAAGAAAAAGGUAAAUCUUAUUUGUUACACAAUGCAGAGGCCAAACCAGGCUUGGGGAAAUCCAUAAAAAGGGUUAAGAAGUGUUACAUUAAAGGAGAGUGAUCUUUAAGAACUCUUUUACAUUCAUGUUAUUUGUGCACUUUUUAUGGACCUAGUGCCCCGCUUCCAGUCUUUAUGCUAAUGUCGAGGUCAAGUUUGUCUGCACUGUUGUCCUUCUUCUCACCUCAUCCUGUGGAAGACAGAAAACCAGAGGAUUUUCUUAAGGGAUAUUAUGUUGUUUGUUAUUGCACUGAUGAUUUCAUGUAAAUGGUAAAUCUAUCUAUUAAUAGCUUGGCUAGCAGUAAAACUCAGAAAACUGCUUCACAAUGCUGGCUGAAAGCAUUUAAAGUGUUAGCAUGCAAAAUAUUAAACAUAACAUUAAACUUGAUAGACUUCAGAAUGUUAAAAUACUAAUGUCAACUGUAAAUAGAGCCAUUUAAUAGCUUUUUAACAUUGUAAUGCUCACAAUGCCAUAUUAGAAAGCUAAAUGUUAAAAGUAUAAUGCUAAAUGCUAAACGUCAGAAGCUAAACCUCGACAAUAAGGUUGUUGUGAUCUAAAUGAGAUGAAAGGUUUUCCUCUGUAAAGAUGCACCAUUAUUUAUUCAGGCAAAGUUUCUUAAUACAUAAUUGAUGUGUUCAAAAUUGUAUUCAUUAUUUAUAUUUAAAACAUUUGGUUAGAUUGAAAUUUGCAAGUGGGCAUUUUGUAAAAAUAGAAUUUGCAUUAUAUUUCCUAUUAACAAAAAAUAGGGCAGAGUAGAGAUGACCCUUUGGUCCAGACUUAAUCUGAUGAAUGUUGAUGAUGAAGAGUCCAGGAUGUUUUAAGUCGCCACUGUACAAUAGAAAUAAUGCUGCGUCCUCAUUUUAAAGCCUGAAAAACUGGUUCUAUUCACAGGCAUUUUUCUCAUCUCAUUAGCUUAUCUGCACUGGCUCCCUGUUAAAUCAAGAAUAGAAACGACUUCUACUCCCCAACAAGGUGCCAGCUGGUGAAGUACAGUUGUAUCUCAGGGUGCUUUUAGUACCUUAUUGCUCUACUAGAGAGCUGUGCUCCAUAGAUGCUGGGUUACUUGUGGUUCCCACAGUAUUAAAAAGUAGGAUGCGAGUCAGAGCUUUCAGUUUUCACUUAUUCAUACCAUAUCUGAUGGUGGUUAUAUCUGAUGGUGGUCAUAUCUGAUGGUAGUUAUAUCUGAUAGUGGUUACAUCUGAUGGUGGUCAUAUCUGAUGGUGGUUACAUCUGAUGGUGGUUAUAUCUGAUGGUGGUUACAUCUGAUGGUGGUUACAUCUGAUGGUGGUUAUAUCUGAUUGUGGUUACAUCUGAUUGUAGUUACAUCUGAUGGUGGUUACAUCUGAUGGUGGUUACAUCUGAUUGUGGUUACAUCUGAUUGUAGUUAUAUCUGAUGGUGGUUAUAUCUGAUUGUGGUUACAUCUGAUUGUAGUUACAUCUGAUGGUGGUUACAUCUGAUGGUGGUUACAUCUGAUUGUGGUUACAUCUGAUUGUAGUUACAUCUGAUUGUGGUUACAUCUGAUUGUAGUUACAUCUGAUGGUGGUUACAUCUGAUGGUGGUUACAUCUGAUUGUGGUUACAUCUGAUUGUAGUUAUAUCUGAUGGUGGUUAUAUCUGAUGGUGGUUACAUCUGAUUGUGGUUACAUCUGAUUGUAGUUAUAUCUGAUUGUAGUUAUAUCUGAUGGUGGUCAUAUCUGAUGGUGGUUACAUCUGAUGGUGGUUAUAUCUGAUGGUGGUUAUAUCUGAUUGUGGUUACAUCUGAUUGUAGUUAUAUCUGAUGGUGGUUACAUCUGAUUGUGGUUACAUCUGAUUGUAGUUACAUCUGAUGGUGGUUAUAUCUGAUUGUGGUUAUAUCUAAUGGUGGUUAUAUCUGAUUGUGGUUAUAUCUAAUGGUGGUUAUAUCUGAUUGUGGUUACAUCUGAUUGUGGUUACAUCUGAUGGUGGUUAUAUCUGAUUGUGGUUACAUCUGAUUGUAGUUAUAUCUGAUUGUGGUUACAUCUGAUGGUGGUUAUAUCUAAAGGUGGUUAUAUCUGAUUGUGGUUACCUAAAUUAAGUGACUGAGUAUACAUGGUGGAAGCGUGAUUCUGUUUGUAACAAACACAGAAUGGAGCCAAAAAGAAAAACAAGAAAAGAAAAAUUCCUUUAAAAGCUGCUUAUGUCGACAGGAGCUGGGCACCUAGCCUCAAGACAACAGGGUAUCACUGUUAGUGCCAACUUCUAAUCAUGGCGGCUGGUCCAUUGGGGGCAAUGGGGCGUGGCCCCACCAUGAACAACAGAAUUUAAAAAAAAUACAUUUUACAAAUAGUGAAUAUAAUGGGUAUUUGUGUUUUUGAAACGUGGAUUAUAUAUUUGUAAAUUAAGAUAUCUGCGAAAAAUAUAUGCUUUUCCUGCACGUCCUCUCCGCUUGUCUGCAUGUCUCAGCUGGGCUCAGGACGACGCGGCUGGUCUAAGAAGCACUUAGCCAAUCACUGAUCAAGUUAAUGAGUCACAUUAGAAUUCCAGCGCCCUAAAAAAAACUAGGUCAGGAUGAGUCUCAGACGCGCUGUUUAACAACACAACAAGAGCGACCUCCGGCAGUGUCCUUCCAAGAAGACCCAACCCAAACAUGCUUCUGUAGAGACUUCUACAGCUGGGGUGUUUAGCUAGCUAGUUAGCUACAUGCUAACGGAGAAUAUACAGUAUGUCGUCGUGUUAAAGUUAACAUGCUACCCAGCUGCGACGCACACAGGACUACGGUGAGGACGCACAACCAGGACGAGGAUGAAAACAGGCACAUUUUAUCCAAAAUAAUUAAUUAUGUGAAGUUUAGUGGGGCUUUUGAGUUGGUCUUUUCUCAAUACACUGAUCGGGUGUUUCUGUUAUAAUAGAUUUUAUA